AUGAAUAAAGAAGAUAAAUAUGUGUACUUAGAUGUUGCCAUUGAUGGUACCGAUGUUGGUCGAAUUGUGUGCGAACUGUUCGAAGCAGAAGCUCCUAGAACCGUUAACAAUUUCUACCAUUUAUGUCUCGGAGACAUAACUAUUGAAGGUGAGGAUAGACCCCUCUCAUUGAAAAAUAAUUAUUUUCACCGUGUUAUCAAGAACUUCAUGAUUCAAGCAGGGGACGUUAUAUAUGGUUCUGAUAAGUUUGAGAAAUCAGAUAAUAUUGGCAAAGGUGGCUGCUCAAUCUACGCAACAAAGGAAAAUCUGAGUGACUCAAAUGUUGAAUUGAGUUGUUACGGAAAUUUUGAAGACGAAAAUUUGGGUGAGUUCACAGAACCAUUCAUUUUGGCCAUGGCUAACACAGGAACAUCGGGAUCUAAUAGUUCUCAGUUUUUCAUAACGACUUACCCAUCUCCUCAUUUGAAUGGUAAACAUUCCAUAUUUGGAAAAGUUUUACAUGGUAAAUAUGUAGUUCGUACUAUUGAAAAUUGUAAAGUAGACUCAGAUGGAUUCCCAGAAUCAGAAAUUAGAGUGGUGGAUUGUGGGCUUUGGAAUGAUGAAAUGAGCAUCCCACUAUACAAUGCAUCGAAUGACACGAUAGGGGGUGAUAUAUAUGAAGAAAUGCCCGAUGAUGACAGACAUUUCGACUCGGAAAAUUUUAGCAAAGCUUAUGAAGCCGCUGAUAUUAUCAAGAACUCCGGAUCCUUACUUUUUAAACAAAAGGAUUACAAAAAUGCCCUUUUUAAAUAUAAGAAAUCAUUGAAAUACGUAAAUGAAUACAUUCCAGAACCUGAUGUUGAUGAAAAGAAUAAUAUCAAAUUUUUGACUCUGAAGAUGAAACUAUACUUAAACAUGUCUCUAAUGAUGUAUUAUCUGAAGCAGUACGACGAUUCUAUCUUAUAUGCUACGUACUUACUUGAUAUGGAUAACGUCCCCAAUUUAGACAAGGCCAAAGCCUAUUACAGAAGGGGUAAUAGUUAUUAUAUGAAGAAGCUACUAGAGGAUGCCAAAAAGGAUUAUAAGAAAUGCAAAGAAAAUAAUCCAGAUGAUAAGGUUGUGGACCAAAAGAUAGACGAAGUACAAAAACUAUUGGAUGAAAAAAAGGCCAAAACUAGAAAGAAUAUUGCAAAGUUCUUCUCUUGA